GCUGCCACAGUAGUAAGACGCGUGGUGUAUUGUUAUUUUUCGUGUCGCGAUUAUAUGUAACGACGAUGGAUGUCCUACCGAGCGGUAACCUGUUCCGCGAACUGCAGGACGUGACCGACACGGGGUACUUUGAGUGGAAAUCCCUCGAGGAUUAUUGGGAACAGUCAAUGUACGAAAUGGAACGUUACCUCCGCGAGGAGCCACGGGGAAAGCGCGGUGCUCUUUACCAAGACGCGGAAGACUGGGGAGUUUCGACUACCUCUCUUCCCCUGACCCCGUCGGCGUCGCCAGCCUCCCCCUUAUCACCCAUCUCUCCGGGGCUCUUCACUGUGUCCGCAGUCAAAACAGAGCCUCUAAGUGACUCGGACGAGCCGAGAGAAGAACCUCCCAGUCCUGCCCCUGCGCGUAGGCACCCCCCACGUCACAACUCCCACGCUCAUGGGACCGAUCCACGCAGGCGCGUUCACCGCUGCGAGUUUCCAGCUUGCGACAAGGUUUAUACAAAGAGUUCGCAUCUAAAGGCCCAUAAAAGGACGCAUACAGGCGAGAAGCCAUACAAGUGUUCCUGGGAAGGUUGCGAGUGGCGGUUCGCACGCUCAGAUGAACUGACCAGGCAUUACCGCAAGCACACUGGCGCGAAACCUUUCCGCUGUCACCAGUGCGAGCGGUGCUUCUCUCGCUCUGACCAUUUAGCGCUGCACGCCAAGCGACACGCGUAGCCCGAGGCGAAGAAAUCCACUCCCAAAAAGCGAACCAGCAGAAGCAAGCGGCAUCCGAAACUGGUCUCACUCCUGACGGCUGGGUUUGCAAAAUAAAGUAUUGGGUUGGAUCGUACAAAUCGCAAGCCAAAGAAACGUCGCUACACCGUAGCUGAGUCAACUUUACUUUAAGGUUUUAUUAAAGUUUAAUCUCUUCCGGCCUUCUGUUUUGGUUUGUUUGAUUGUAUGUAGCUUGAUAAGUUUGUCAAAAGGCUCUUUAACGAUGGACGGUGUGUUCCAUUAUAAAAUAUACUGACAGAGGACAAAAUUAAUUUGUCGGUAACAUUAAAUAAAAUAUACAAGUAAUUUGUUAACAUUCGAUCUGCAUGUUAGUUUAAGACCUUUGAUAGCUAGGUAUAAAUAGACGAUUGAUUUAAAAACAUCAAAAUUCAUACGAGUAUUUUUAUUGAACUUUGGGGAUGCGAUUUGACAAAAUAUGUUUUAUAUAAUGAAUGUUAAAGAGCCGAAUUGAUAAUUGUGCCAUCAUUAAGAAAACGCGUGGACGCAUAAAAUAUAACACUGCAUUUGAAAUAUUUCAUACUAACAAAUUUCUCUAGUUUAAAUUGAAUGUUUAAUGUUUAGAUGUACCUCCGUUAGAUGGCUCUGUUACAAGUGAUGUGCGUUCACGCGUUUUUUGCAUUUCGAUACGUGACAUAUUAUUUAUUGGAUCGGGAUGUUCGGCAAAUAAUCCCACCGACGCCGGCGCCCUGCACAACAUUAAUUUUAAGUUAGCAAGUGCGUCACGUUACCUGAUUAUCUUAAUAACCCCAAGUGUAGGUUAUUCGCUUAUAUAAUAUUCAGCUUAAAUAAAAAUCUUACGAAUUUUUUAUGUCUCUGAGAUAAGACUUUUACAAGCGAUGUCUCCGUUUCUGGACUUUAACAGGUUAUCUUUAGUGGCGCAUCAGCUGCACACUUGGGGUACUAUUCCUGAUAGGAAAUGUUAUGCGUAUUUAAGUUUAUUUAGUUGUAAGAUAAUAAUAUAUUGCAUAUUAAAGUUUCUCAUUCCGUUUUGUAUUCUUUAGUUUUAAAUAGUUUACUGCUUAUUACUUUUUGACAAUUGUAACAGUAUUUGUACAGGCGUGUACUUUUCAUUGAUGUGAGGUGCCUGUAAGGGUGUUGAUAGUGUAUUAAAUAUUUAUAGGACAUUCAUAAGAAUUAAUAUUGAUUAUUUAAUAAAAUGUAAUCAGACUGUAUCGAAUAUAUAUUCAUUGUUGUUGAUAACAAAAUUCAAGUAAACCUAUGUUAAAGAGAUUUUUAGUUUGUUGCACGCAUUUAUAUAUGCACAAAGUAGCUAGUAUUCUUUCUGAUAUAUGAUGCUGAGUAUUCACUUAUUCUUCUUCUGUUGAUGCCUCAUCACUACUCUUGGACGUCAUACGUGUCUUAUUCUGUGCCAGAAAAAAAUUAAAAACUUUUUGAAUCACUGAAUAAACUCACUAUAACCAAAUCAUUACAAAAGUCGAAAAUUCCAUUGAUUCCAUUUAUGCAAGUAUUUUAAGCAAAUACUUGUAAUGUCCCUUGAAAUCAUUAUUUUUUCAGUUUCUUACAUGCAUUAUAUGCUACUGUAUAUAAUAGUUUACAUCUCUAGGUGACUACUCAGCAUGAAACAACUGGCUCAUAACUGCCGUACAUAGCAACUAAGUAUUUCUACCGUUGGGUGAACGUUUUUCAAAGUACUGAGUGAUUACCGGCUGCUUGAAAACAAGGAUUUAAAUCCGGGGCCAACAACAGUCUUCCUCUCAUUUCAUGUCGGAAUUUAAUUAAAAAUCCACAAAAAUUGUCACAAACUAUCCAGCGACCUUUUCUUAGGACUUCGAUAUUGAGGAACCACAGCUUGUGUGCGCAUCGAAGCUAGUGAAAUAUAAUUAAUAAAGUUUUCACAUUUUGUGGCGUAAUAAAUUUGACAAUCAUUUAGGACUUCUUUUUUAAACUCAUCAAUCUUAAUCCUCCUCUCAAUAAUCGGAUGGUACUGCCAAAAUUUGCUUAUGUAUUUUUUGUACACAAAAUAUCUCUUUUAUUCCGUCUAAAUCUAAUAUCCUAAUCUAAUGUUAUUAGAUAGAAAAUCUAAUGCUGAUAUGGUUCGAAGUUUAAAUUCAUAAAAUAAACUCUAAAUAAAAAAUAUUUUUUGUAACUUCCGAUGAAAUCCUGUAGGAUGUUAUAAGCAUAAAAUCGGUUUCGUAAGAGGAUUAUUUACACCCGGUAAACAGGUACACCAGGGUUUUAUAUUUAAAUUUUCCUGGAAUUGACAAUAAUAAAAAGUUCCGGAAUUAAUUUAUCACAACCAACAAAAUGAAAGGCAAAAUUCAAAUUAUCAUUCGACUUACGUAUAUCGUUCACACAACGUAAUCUUAUACAUAUAUACUCUUAAAUACUUCGCUUUAAAUUAAUUAAUAUUAAAGUUUUGGAAAUUUUUAAAUAAAUAAAAUGUAUUAUUUCUUUUUGAGACUAACGUUUUAGUGGUAAUUCUGACUGCUCGCUCUGUGACGUCAUCUGCGCUAGAACCUUUGCUAAUGAUUGCCAAAAUUUAUUGAUAAUGCACGAUAGCUUAAUCGUGACGUCAUAGUUGGCAGUAGGUGUUAGGUUUACAAAACUUUUUUUUAUUAAGAAAAUAUAUCGAACGAAAUUUUUUAAGUAUCUAUAAACGAUUUAUAAAAUGUGAUUCAUAGUUAGUUAUAAUGAAUGUGGGAAAUUGGUGUUUGGGUAUGUGUAAUAUGCUUAUACUGUCUUAGAUGUGAUUAGGCUAUUUAUUUAUGUAUGUCUGGAUCGCGUAGCACGAGUAGAAAAAUAUAUAAUACUGUAUCUAAAAUUUAAUAUUGACGUUGUACGGUUUAUACAUAAAGUAUAGGAAAUUUUUGGUAAUUAAAUAACGCGGCUGUGUGUUUUUGAAUCAACUUUAGAUAGGUUAAAAGUAUGGACCUACUGAAGGUUUUGAAGCGAGAGAUUUUUCGUAUCUUUUCUAUGUAAGCUUCGUCACAAUUGAUAUUUAAAAAAGUAUUUUUACUAUAGGAAAUAAGCUUUACUUUUUUAUAAUUUUCUGAUAUUUGUAUUAAUGUUUAGUAUAGUUUACCAGUUCAUAUACAAAUUUACUUUACCAAUUAUUUAACCCACGAUAAAUAGAAACAAUUGGAAAGUUAAAAUGGAGAUACCAUUCCUAAAUGACGGAUUCAGCAAGGUUUCGAGGUUAUUUUUGUAUAUUUAUAAAAUUAAUUCGUGUCUUCGGUCAUUUAUCAUUUCUACAUAACAUUCCAAUGCUUCUUCGGUGGGUUGAUACAUAUCAUUGUUAUGUAAACUAAAACGCUGAUCGACAGAACUAUUUACAUUGUGUUUAUGUAUAAUGCAAAAUAUACUUACUGUGCUAACCUCCUAAGGUCCUAACUCCUCAAUGUCUUUAGAAAAUUGCUUCAAUACCUGCUGUAUAUUUUUCCGAGAAAAGUCGAGUACGCGUUUUGUCGAUAAGUCAAACUAUCGCUUCGCGAGACCUCUCGUUCGAGAAUGUACAGUGAGGUAUGCAUUUCGUUAUUGUUGAAGUUUGUUAGAAGGAACGCUUGCUGGUACCUGCGAUUUGUAGCUAAUGUGUUCUAGCAUUCGUAAUGCAUAAUAAUUAAAUUAUUAAAAUGGUGCGCUUUCUUUGCAAUAUUAGCUUGUUUUAUUGUUGUUUGAAUAUAUCUAUAGAAUGGAGACUACGCAAUGGAUAGGAUCUAGGACCAGAACAUCAAACCAUCACAAUUUUCUAAGAAUGUCUCGGUAGAUCAAUUUAGUGUGUUGGUUCCAGAAAGUAAUACAAACUUACAUUUUUAUUGAUCAAUAAUUAUAUCAAAUAAUAAGUAUCUUACGUCCAUUGGGUAUGUCUCCAUUAUUGUUAAGUAUGUUGCAAUGAAUAUAUUAAAAUGUCGAUUUUUGUUUUACAAUUACACAACCAAAUUUUAUACUUAACUGUAGUUUAAUAUAUUUAAUCUCAUUAAAUUUUAUAUACCCAUAUGUAACUGUAAAAUUGUUGUACCUAGUUAAGAGAACAAGGUAUAUUGUAAUUUCUUCGAAACUUUAAAACCAUAGACACUUGUGGCAAGCUAUAUAAUAAUAAAUCGUCGAACGAUUAUACAAAGUUUAACUGUAACAGAAUAUUAAAAAUACCUGUCUGAUGUGUUUGUGGAUCGAAAAUAAUGGUAGCACGUACUCAACUUCUCCUUUCUACUCAAUACGAAUACACGACGAAACUGCUUUUGCAAUUAGCAUCUUUUAAGCUAAUUUAGCUAGCCACAUGUCUUGGUAACAUUCUGUCUAAUAUAAGAGUUUUAAGAGAUUUUUUAUUCAUACUGUCUUCAUGUAAUGUUCUUUGUUGAUUUUCGAGUCACUCAAUUAAAUGGUUGUGGCGAACUAGGAGCAUUGUUUGAAGACUACGUAUACGGAGAUGUUCUGAGGCGAAAUUUAAAUUAUUCAUUUCGAUAUAUUGACGGCCCCAAUGCUUGGCGCCCAUGGAGCUACUACUAUCUGAACAGUACGUUUUUAAAUCUGAUAGUUUUACAACCUACGGCAUUUACGAGGGUUUUAACAUGAAAAUUAUAAUAUCGCGUUUGAACAUCGCCAUUCUGAAACUCUUUGUGAACUGUUGGUUACAUCAUAUGGUCUAGUACGAUUUGAAAUCGAAUGAAAUAACAGCGACUAUCGAAAACUUAACACCUAACAGGCAAGUUUGGCAAUUAAAACCCAACAUCUGCGUAAAAUAUUUGUACGAAAACUCUUGUGAAACAAUUAUAGGCGCCAAAUCAACCAUUUACUCUGAUAUAUAAUGCAAACAGUUGAUUGUAAUGGUCUAACUAUUUCUAGAUAUGAACAGUAUAAAGUAUACAACUGUUAAUAACGUGAUUAUCGUGUCGGUAAAAACGUUCAUUCGAUAGCAACUAAUACUAGGCCCACUGUAUCUUAAAUGUGUAACUUGUAAAUAACAUAUAUAACGAUGGUAUAUAUUGGUAUGUAAAUUCGUAUGUAAUAAGUUAUUUGUUCGUAUUAUAUACUAAAGGUAAGUAUAUAGCGUAUUUGUAAGACCGCCACUGCGCGAGUAAGUAGUUACUGUACCUAUUUUAUAUUCAUAAAUUUUUCUUAUAUGUGGUUCAA